AUUACAUUGUCCACAAUGUCCAUAUCCAUGGCGACGACUGCGGUUCCCGCUGGUUGCGACCUUCUUUCCACAGUGUGUUCGGGCGCAAACUGCCUUGUUCCUCCCAGUAACUUCAAUGACAUCCUGAGCUUGGUGUUGAGCGUUGUGCUCACUGUAAUGCUCGCUAUGGUCAUGUUCUCCAUGGGCUGCAAUGUGGAUGCCAAAAAGCUGUGGGGCCACAUCAGAAGACCCUGGGGCAUCGUCAUCGGCUUCCUUUGCCAGUUCGGCAUCAUGCCUUUCACAGCCUUUGCCUUGUCACUGAUCUUCGGUGUGCUGCCUGUGCAGGCCGUCGUCAUAAUCAUCAUGGGCUGCUGUCCUGGGGGCUCUGGCUCCAACAUUAUCUGCUACUGGCUGGAUGGAGACAUGGACCUAAGUAUCAGCAUGACCGCAUGUUCCUCUAUCCUGGCCUUGGGGAUGAUGCCUCUAUGCCUGCUCAUUUACACCUCCGCCUGGACUUCUACCAGCACCAUCCAGAUCCCAUACGACAGUAUUGGUAUCACUCUGGUGUCCCUUCUUAUCCCAAUUGCUCUGGGAAUGUAUGUUAAACGCAGGUGGCCCGAGGCGGCGAAAAAGAUCCUAAAGGUAGGAUCCAUUGCCGGCUUUUGUCUGAUUAUCAUCAUAGCUGUGGUUGGAGGUAUUCUCUACCAGUCUUCCUGGACCAUUGCUCCCGCCCUAUGGAUUAUUGGAACCAUCUACCCUUUCAUUGGUUUUGGCCUGGGGUUCUUCAUGGCCCGCUUCACGGGUCAACCCUGGAACAGAUGUCGCACCAUAGCAUUGGAGACAGGUUUCCAGAACUCCCAGCUGUGUAGCACCAUUGUCCAGCUGUCCUUCAGUCCUGCUGAGUUGGAGGUCAUGUUUUCGUUCCCCCUCAUCUACAGCAUCUUCCAGCUGGUGGCGGCAGUCAUAUCUGUGGGAUCCUACCAGGCAUAUAAAAGGUUAUAUGGCCGUGGCUCAGCUGAUGCCGACACUGAGGCUCCGUCCCUGGAAGCUGGUGAAGAUGAAUUAGAAACAAAGAAGGGACACGCUGUGGACAACAAUGCCUUUGAGUUUGAUGACAAUGGCAACAACGAAGAGAAGGGUAAGGACAUAAGAAAGAUCACCCAGCUGUGA